AUGUCGUCUCAGUGGGAGAUCCGUUUCAGCAAUUCGCGUCGUCUGCCCUACUUCUACGACCACGUCUCGCAACAGUCAACAUGGGAGAUCCCCCAAGGCCACACCGAAGAGUCCAUCCGCUCGCUUCCCGGUGCCAAGUAUCUCGACCCGGCCAACGCGCCCGGUAGUGCGGCUGACAAGCCGGACAAGGUUCGAGCCAGUCACCUGCUCAUCAAGCAUGCUGGCAGUCGCAGACCCAGUUCCUGGAAGGAGGCCAACAUCACGCGAUCCAAACAGGAUGCCAUCGAGCAGCUCAAAAAGUUCGAGCAAGAACUCCAGCAAGACUCGAGUAAAGACAAAUUUGCCUCGCUCGCUAGUGUCCACUCAGACUGCUCUUCAGCAAGGGCCGGAGGCGAUCUCGGCUUCUUCCAGCGUGGGCAGAUGCAAAAGCCCUUUGAAGAUGCUGCUUUCGGUCUCAAGCCGGGCGAGCUGAGCAGCAUCGUCGACACUGACAGCGGCGUGCAUCUCAUCUACCGCACUGCCUGA